ACUAUCACAUCACUACGCGAACUGUCCACGAGCUGUCAAGACGUUUUACUUUUGGGAGAAUGUAGAAACAAUUGAUUUUACACGUUUUAUAUCGUUGUUUUUCUGAGAUUAUUUACUUUGUUUAUGAAGAUUACACACCCGGCCGUCUAACUGUCGCAAUGGCAGCCACGGCCCAAAGCGAUAUGUCCGUGAUCGAGCUGCAGGCGGAGAUCGAGAGGCUCAGCCGAGAGCUCGACCAGGCCAGCAGCGAGAAGAUACAGUCAGCGCAGCUCGGGCUGGUGCUCCUGGAAGAGAAGAGCGCCCUGCAGCAGAGAUACGAUGAAUUGGAAAGCAUCUACGAAAACACAAGACAUGAACUUAAAAUCACACAAGAGGCACUUAUGAAAUUGGACACAACACAAAAAGUCACUACAAGAAGUGGAAUAGAACAAGAAAAUGCCCUCCUCAACGAAUCGGCAGCCAUGGAGAGCUCGCUCACCCUUCAGAUCUUGGAGCUGGAGGGUGAGACCAAACAGUUACGUCACGAGCUAGAGCGCGUGGUGAGCGAGCGAGACCGCUUGCUCGCCGAGAGCUCGGAGCUUGGCGUGGACAAAGCCACGCGCGAGGCCGAGCGAGCGGCUCUGCGCGCUGAGCUGAGGGAAGCCAGGCAGCGCGAGCAGAGACUGCUGGUGGACAUCGGGGAUCUGGAAGACGAGAACAUAUCGCUGCAGAAACAGGUUUCGGCGCUCCGGUCGUCACAGGUGGAAUUCGAAGGCCUAAAGCAUGAAGUGCGACAACUUCGCGAGGAGGCGGAAAAUGCGCGCGCGGCUGCCGAUGAAACUGCAGCGCUGCGCCGCAUCGCUGAACGGCAGCUGGCCGAAGCGCUGGAAGCGCUGCAGGCUGAGCGAGAGGCCAAGUUCGCCGCAAAGAAGGAGCUUGACGCGCAUCUCAGCAGGGAAGCCGCGUACAACAUCACGAAUCUGGCAUUCAGUAUACGAGGUAUGCCAGAAGACAGCACAGAAGACGAAGGCGAGCCAGGCGGCUCCGGGUCGGCGGAGCUGGCGUCGGCCAUGGGCGACCACCACGCCGACCUGUUCUCCGAGGUGCACCUGCACGAGAUCUCGCGCCUGGAGAAGCAGCUGGAGCAGGCGCACAACGAGAACGUAAGUGUUGUAGUACGCCAGGGGACAGCACAGGGGACGAAGGCGAGCCGGCGUCGGCCAUGGGCGACCACCACGCCGACCUGUUCUCCGAGGUGCACCUGCACGAGAUCUCGCGCCUGGAGAAGCAGCUGGAGCAGGCGCACAACGAGAACACGCAGCUAUCGGCGUCGAUGCGAGCGGCACAGACAACAGCGGAGAGCGAGAGCGCGGCAGCGGCGGUCCUGCGUGCCGGUCUCACGCGCGCUGCUUCCCGUGUCACAGCGCUGCAUGCGCUGCACAGCGACUGUGCACCGCUGGUCAGAGGACGAGAAAGUCGAAGGCGGCAUAUCCGCUCGCGCCGGCCGCUGGUUAACCUGGUGGCGCGUGUCAGGCGGCGAGCUCGAGGCGCUCGGCGCGGCGCUCGGCGAGCUGGCCGCCGCCGCGCCGCCCGACUCGGCAGCCGCGCACCAGCGCCAGCAGCUGGCGCAGCUCAGCGACCGCCUGGCCGAGGCCGACGUGCGCUGCGCCGCGCUGCAGGCCGACGCGGACCUGCUGCGCACGCUGGCCGGCGCUGCGGCCGCGCACCAGCGCCAGCAGCUGGCGCAGCUCAGCGACCGCCUGGCCGAGGCCGACGUGCGCUGCGCCGCGCUGCAGGCCGACGCGGACCUGCUGCGCACGCUGGCCGGCGCUGCGGCCGCGCACCAGCGCCAGCAGCUGGCGCAGCUCAGCGACCGCCUGGCCGAGGCCGACGUGCGCUGCGCCGCGCUGCAGGCCGACGCGGACCUGCUGCGCACGCUGGCCGGCGCUGCGGCCGCGCACCAGCGCCAGCAGCUGGCGCAGCUCAGCGACCGCCUGGCCGAGGCCGACGUGCGCUGCGCCGCGCUGCAGGCCGACGCGGACCUGCUGCGCACGCUGGCCGGCGGAGCGGGUCGCGCGCUGUCGACGGCGGCGCCGGCGCUGGCGUCGGCGGCAGAGACGCUGGCGCAGAUCUACCACCACGUGUGCGCCGUCAACGGCACGCAGCCCGAGCGUUUGUUGCUCGAGCACGCGGGGCACGCCGACGGUGAGUGUCGCAUGUCUAUAGUCCAACCGUCUGGAGCGGGCGCGCUACAGAUCUACCACCACGUGUGCGCCGUCAACGGCACGCAGCCCGAGCGUUUGUUGCUCGAGCACGCGGGGCACGCCGACGUGGGCGGCUCCGAGGGCCGUUCCGUCGAGGACGAGGCUCUGGCGCUGGCGGCGGGCGAGCUGGAAGGCUUGCGGGCCGCGGGGCUGGUGGCGCGCUCGGCCGACACGCUGCUGGACCAGCUCACGCACCUGCGCGCCGCGCUCGACACCGCGCUCGACUCGCGCAACAGGCACCAGCCCGUUAUGGAGACCGAAGAACGCGGUGCGGAGCUCGCGGAACUCCAAGAACAAGUCAUCAAACUCAAGUCGCUUCUGUCCACGAAGCGCGAACAGAUCGCAACAUUGCGUACCGUCCUCAAGUCCAACAAGAAUACAGCGGAGGUGGCGCUCGCCAACCUCAAGUCCAAGUACGAGACUGAGAAGAUCAUCGUCACCGAGACCAUGCUCAAGCUCCGCAACGAGCUCCGCUUGCUCAAGGAGGACGCGGCUACAUUCUCCAGCCUGCGUGCGAUGUUCGCGGCGCGCUGCGAGGAGUACGUGACGCAGGUGGACGAGCUGACGCAAGCGCUGGCCGGCGCCGAGGACGAGAAGAAGACGCUCAACCAGCUGCUGCGCCUCGCCGUGCAGCAGAAGCUGGCGCUCACGCAGCGCCUCGAGGACCUGGAGGUAGGGCCGAGUGUCUCGCUGCUGGCGGCAGGUGAGGACGCUCCACCGGCUGCUGCGCCUCGCCGUGCAGCAGAAGCUGGCGCUCACGCAGCGCCUCGAGGACCUGGAGGUAGGGCCGAGUGUCUCGCUGCUGGCGGCAGGUGAGGACGCUCCACCGGCUGCUGCGCCUCGCCGUGCAGCAGAAGCUGGCGCUCACGCAGCGCCUCGAGGACCUGGAGGUAGGGCCGAGUGUCUCGCUGCUGGCGGCAGGUGAGGACGCUCCACCGGCUGCUGCGCCUCGCCGUGCAGCAGAAGCUGGCGCUCACGCAGCGCCUCGAGGACCUGGAGGUAGGGCCGAGUGUCUCGCUGCUGGCGGCAGGUGAGGACGCUCCACCGGCUGCUGCGCCUCGCCGUGCAGCAGAAGCUGGCGCUCACGCAGCGCCUCGAGGACCUGGAGGUAGGGCCGAGUGUCUCGCUGCUGGCGGCAGGUGAGGACGCUCCACCGGCUGCUGCGCCUCGCCGUGCAGCAGAAGCUGGCGCUCACGCAGCGCCUCGAGGACCUGGAGGUAGGGCCGAGUGUCUCGCUGCUGGCGGCAGGUGAGGACGCUCCACCGGCUGCUGCGCCUCGCCGUGCAGCAGAAGCUGGCGCUCACGCAGCGCCUCGAGGACCUGGAGGUAGGGCCGAGUGUCUCGCUGCUGGCGGCAGGUGAGGACGCUCCACCGGCUGCUGCGCCUCGCCGUGCAGCAGAAGCUGGCGCUCACGCAGCGCCUCGAGGACCUGGAGGUAGGGCCGAGUGUCUCGCUGCUGGCGGCAGGUGAGGACGCUCCACCGGCUGCUGCGCCUCGCCGUGCAGCAGAAGCUGGCGCUCACGCAGCGCCUCGAGGACCUGGAGGUAGGGCCGAGUGUCUCGCUGCUGGCGGCAGGUGAGGACGCUCCACCGGCUGCUGCGCCUCGCCGUGCAGCAGAAGCUGGCGCUCACGCAGCGCCUCGAGGACCUGGAGGUAGGGCCGAGUGUCUCGCUGCUGGCGGCAGGUGAGGACGCUCCACCGGCUGCUGCGCCUCGCCGUGCAGCAGAAGCUGGCGCUCACGCAGCGCCUCGAGGACCUGGAGGUAGGGCCGAGUGUCUCGCUGCUGGCGGCAGGUGAGGACGCUCCACCGGCUGCUGCGCCUCGCCGUGCAGCAGAAGCUGGCGCUCACGCAGCGCCUCGAGGACCUGGAGGUGGACCGCGAGAUGCGGACGCGGCGCGUGCCCAAGGCGAGCGGCGGCGCGCGCGCGCGGGGCCGGGACUUCUAGCGCCUCGUCACGGCGCUCAAGGCCGCCGCCGCCGCCUUGCGCGCGCUGCUCCACGCGCCGCCGCACGCCUCGCGCUAGCUGCCCAGUGCUACGGACGCGCCCAGUGCUACGGACGCGCCCAGUGCUACGGACGCGCCCAGUG